AUGCCGACGUACCUGUGCCACGGCUUCCGGUGGCAUCGCCGCGGCAUCCGCAUCUUCGUCAUUAUCAACAACCUCGAGGACGCCGCGCCGGACUGGAUCGUUGGGCGCACGAGCGCCUCGCUGAUCCUUGACCAAUUCCGCAUCGCCUUUGACUUUCUCCCGAGCCGCCCUCUUGCGGCAGCCACCCCGACCGAGGAGGAGAAAACGAAAACGCCGCACCAGGACGAUGACUUGUCGCCGCCGCCGUCGCGAGUGCCCGCUACAGACGAUGAGGUGUUGAUGCACGACUGGUCGCCGGUCAAGCUGCUGGAGGAGUACGACUUGGACGAGAUGACGAGCGCAUCGCGGCCGUAUGCCUACGUCGCCGACCAUGUCGUUCGUGUGGACCUGGGCGCCAACGUGGCCAAGGAAAUGGCAAAGUACCAGAGCAUGGCUGAGGAAGGCAGCGAUGGCUGGUUUGAGAAGCUCAGAGACAAGCUGCAGGCCAAUGAGGAAAUACAGUGGUACGUCGUCGUGUGCGCCGACGACGAGAGAGCCGUGCCCGAGGAAGAGCUGGACGACUACGACGACGAUGACGGCACGGUCCAGGAAGAAGUGGCGGAAGAGAAGCGUGAGGAAGAGGAACAGGAAGAGGAGGACCAGGAAGAGAAACUGCCGCCACUGCCCCCACCGAUCAAAGACUAUCCCUUUCGCCUCAGACAAAAGCAACAAGCGGCGCCGCCGAGGCUCGUCGAGACGACGACGCACACGGACCGGCCAACUCCGACUCGGAGCGGUGACAAGGUCGGCCAUGUGGCAUUGCCCGAGCGCCACAGCCCGCCACCCGAAUUCAUCGCCGACGACCAAUGCAAAGCGACGAGCCGUCAGCCCGGGCUGAGGCGUAAGCUGUCGGCCAAGGGACUGCGACGGAUUUUUUCAAAGAGAGGAGCUCGGUGA